GAGAAUGCAGCGUUGCAUGCUGGGGGUUGUAGUCAGGGGGGUCACCGGAUGUGGGCUUGGCGCGUGAUAAGAAUUUAAGUCCUCGGGGUUCGCGAUUGAUGCGCCAUCUCCAAGGAAACGCGUUUUGGAGAGGAAGGAAGGAAAGGUUGGAGUUGGCACUGGAGUGCGGACGGGCGGCAAAAAGGAGAUGCCUUGAAGGAGAACUACUAAAUGCAUCAGGAUUUGCAUAACAUUCACCCUGCCUGUUCAAAGAGCACUGGGGGAAAAUGAAGACUGGAAUUAUCUGAUAAGAUUCUCAACAUCACAUCUUGCUAGAGAUCUGUAUCACUUCCACCUCCUAGCAGGGUUGAGGGAAAAGGAAAUAUUUAACUCUGGUGUUCCCAUAAUGGACUGCUCUAGUUCUUACUCAGGGGAAGAUGGUGGGCAGACCACAUCUCAAAGCCAAAGUGGUGAAGAUGAGCGACAGUGGCAACAGGAACGCCUUAAUAGAGAGGAAGCCUAUUACCAAUUUAUUAAUGAGCUCAGUGAUGAAGACUACAGGUUAAUGAGAGAUCACAACCUUCUGGGGACUCCAGGAGAAAUAACAGCAGAUGAGCUGCAGCAACGUUUGCAAGGUGCAAAGGAGCAUUUGGCAUCCCAUUCUGACAGAGAAAAUAGAGACUGGGAAGGAGGUACUGUUGGAGAUGCAGAAACUGUUGGGGAAAAUUCAACUAACAGCUCGCUGCUAGAGUGGCUGAGCACAUUCCACCGUACAGGAAAUUCCAGCCAUAGUGGACAGAGUGGGAACCAGACUUGGAGGGCUGUAAGCCGAGCAAACCCGAGUAGCGGGGAAUUUCGGUUUAGUCUCGAAAUAAAUAUAAAUCACGAACAUAACAGUGUUGACGCUCCUGGGGAAGAAUUUAACGGCUACCUUCUUGGUGAUCCCAAUGGAAGGCAGGUAGAGAAUAGGUCUCUGAUAGAAGAGAGUCCCAUAGCCAGCCGAACAAGGAGCAGGACAUUGAGAGAGACUGUUGGUCGUGCGGUUGCCUCGUCAAGGGCUGGCAACAUUAGUGGCUCAGUGACACAAAAUGCUGAAGUAGCAACUCAGUUAUUCCCGGGCAGACUCAGAAACAGAAGCUCAGCAGGCCUUGCAGCACACAACAACGUCUUAGAUGACAAUGAACACAACAUUAUUAGGCAAAGGAGAAUUCACAGAGUCUCGUCAGUGACAGUUCACAGAAGGAGAGCUAGAACUCGGAGGAAUGCAAGGCAAAGGCCAGAAGUUUUAAGACUAAGAUCAACGUUCAGUAGUCAGUUUCAGUCCCAUUUGGAAAGAAGGCAACGUAUGAAUGCACAGCAAAUCCAUAGAAGGUCUGGCCAGGCACAAACAACCCAGCCUCCUCCUGAGCAAGGUGAGGACCAAGUGCCAACACUAGGCAUAACAUUGGAAGAGGAGGAAUCUACCAGACCCACAACUGCACCUAGAAGACAUCCUAUUAUUACAUUAGACCUUCAGGUGAGAAGAAUUCGUACUGGAGAAAACAGAGAUCAAGACAGCAUUGCUACUAGAACUCGUUCGAGAGCAAGCUCGGCAGACAACGCAGUCAGUUUCGAAAGCGAUAGGGAGGGUUUUCGUCAGACUGUUUCACGAUCUGAACAUGCGGGCAUACGGACGUAUGUUAGCACCAUACGGAUACCCCUUCGUAGGAUAUCUGAAAUUGGGCUCGGGGAAUCUUCAUCGGCGGCUCUUAGAUCAAUUCUAAGGCAAAUUAUGACUGGGUUUGGUGAGCUAAGCUCCUUAAUGGGCACCGAGUCAGAUUCUGAAGCUCAGAGGAGUGGUCAGCACUCGGCAGACACGCAGUCAGAACUGUUUAAUGUGCACACUCUAAGCAGCAUUGGUGAGUUCAGUGAAGCUUCUCUUCGAACCAGGCCUGCUGAACAAGGUAGCAGAGAAUGGCAUGGAGAAACCAAUGCAACCCAACACUACAAUCAAAGUAAUGAAGCUCAAGGUAACAGACAGUUUCUAGAUGCAAACAGUUUUGUUGAAAGUGGAACGCUUCCCAUCCUUCGUCUUGUACCUUAUCUGUUAUUAGAUGAAAGUACUAGUGACCAUUUGAGGGGGUUAACCAAAGAACAAAUUGACAAUCUUUCUACUCGCAAUUAUGGGCAUCCUGGUGCAGAAGAGGGUGAAAUAAGCAAGACCUGUAGUGUUUGCAUUAAUGAAUAUGUUUCAGGAAACAAGCUAAGGCAGUUGCCAUGUAUGCAUGAGUUCCAUUUUCACUGUAUUGAUCGUUGGCUUUCUGAGAAUUCCACUUGCCCAAUUUGUCGUCAACCUGUAGUAGCUUAGCAUUGCAGGCAGUGGAUAAUUCCUCAAAUUUUUGAAUUUGUGUACUCCAUUGGGAGCCUGGCGGUAUUUUACUAACUUUGAAUAUGACGAGUGAGUGUGUAAAACAAGUGGCAGUGAACUUCUCUUAUUAAAAGGCAAGUGUAAGGGUGAAGAUCAAUCUAAUAGGCCUCAUGCAAUUAUAUUUUUCUAUAUAAUUCCCUUAUAUAAAGCGCUUCUGUAAUAUAGAAACGUAAUCGUUUGUGUUAACAGUAUGAUCUUUAUUGAGAUUUCAGUUUUUGUGAAGUUGUUGAAAUAAUCUUUUGUUAACCAUUUGCUCUAUGAGCGAUCCUUUUUUAUGUUGCAAAAGUAACUGGAAACCUGGGCAUCUGGCAGGAGGUACUUUAAAUAGAGUUAAGUGUUUUGAUUUAAAUAUGCAGUGGAUAUUUUUAUAGAAUACCCUGCCCAUUUGGUUUUAUUAAUUUUAUAGGCAGUUUUUGCAUGUUUUAUACAUGGCUUACUGUUGCCCAUUAACCUUUACAGUGGAUGUGGUUCUUGGGGUCGACUGAAAUUUGUUUCAGAGGACUGACUUAGACAGAAUGUUUGUUUAGCCAUGAGAUUACAUUAGAGAACUAUUAAUAUAUGUUCGCCAGUUCUACGUUGACCUCAGAACGUUGCUUAAUGAAUACAGAAGCAGGUUGCUCAACAGACAUUUAAGCACAUUCCAGUUUUUUCAAAAACGUUUUUUAAUUUGAUGGUGGAAGAGUGCCAUGGAUAAGUAACUUGCAAGCAACAAGCACGAUUUUUGUUUCGUUUUUGUACAUUUUAUCAUUUUGUUGUAAGACAGUCUCUUCUGCAGUGUACAAAUGGAAGAUGUAAUUUUGGACCGUGGAGAGUUUUCUGAGAAUCGGAUGCCAUCAACUGUUAAGGGAAAGAUGUAUGCUUACUACAAAAAUGCAAAAGAAGCUGUAUACUUGGACCUUAAAGCUUAUACCAAUACCUGACAAAAUAAUAAAAGUGCAAGGACAAAACAGA